AUGCCCAACGUCAAGUCCGCCGCUGGUGCCGGUGCCAUCCCUGCCGGAUCCUCCGUCGGCGACGGCGAGGUGGAGGCAGGGUUCGCCAAGCUGCAGGGUGAGGAUUUCGAGUACUACAUGCAGACCUACUCCAUCAUGCUGGGCCGCAACAGCAAGAAAUCCACGGUGGAUGUGGAUCUCUCCAGCCUUGGUGGGGGGAUGAACAUCUCGCGCCACCACGCGCGGAUAUUCUACGACUUCCAGCGCCGCCGCUUCGCGCUGGAUGUCAUCGGCAAGAACGGCUGCCUGGUUGAGGGUGUCCUGCACCUCCCUGGGAACCCUCCUGUUAAGCUUGACUCGCAGGACCUCCUUCAGAUUGGAGACAAGAAGUUUUAUUUCCUCUUGCCCACGAGGUCUAUCUUUGCCUCGUUCGCUGCUCGGCAAGCCCCUGUUAUUCCUCCGCAGAUCCCGCCGCUAGCUUAUGCGCGGCCAGGGCACCCUCGUGUGCCCGAUUUCCAUGACCGCUUCUCUGAAGGUGAUUAUGGCCGGGACAGUGAUGACAUUGGGAAUGGUGUUGGGGAAGGUGGAAUGAAGGGCAAGCUGAAGAGAACCAAGAAGUCUCCCGGAGAUUUGGACAUCUAUGGUGGGCACAGAAUCAAUGUUGAAGCAAUAGGAACAUUGGGUGAAGACAACAGAUCAGAAAUAAGAUCAAGGGGUGACAAGGAUGUGGACAACCAGCACCUUCAAACGGAAGAGAAGGAAGUCGUGUCAUCUGUUGCGACUGUGUUAUCUGACCUCUGUGGCCCCGGAGAAUGGAUGCCUAUGAAAACACUCCAUACAGAGCUUAUGGACCAGUUUGGCAAUGUGUGGCACCACAGCAGGGUGCGGAAGUACCUGACGGCGGAUGACUGGUCGGUGAUAGAAGCCAAGGGGAGGCCAUGGUACGGGCUGCUGGGGCUGCUCAGGAAGUACCCGGAGCACUUCGUCAUCAACACGAAAUCCAAGGGCAGGGCGAUCUCGGAGUUCGUCUCGCUGGUUUCCUUGCUCUCCUGA